AUUGAUAUUUCGUUUUUUCAAGGAAACAUUUGUGCCAGUUACCCUUUCUCGAUCGUCUGUCUGUUUGUGUUUUAAUCAGACUAAAAGAAAACUGUGUUUCAACGAAUAAUUAAAUAUGGCGAGCGGCGCCGAGGCUAUGGAGAAGAUGAAGCUUCUGGAAGAAAGAAUAAAGGCCCCCAGUAUAUGGGGUAGGGUGCCAUGUGGUAUUAGGUUUGAGGACCUGCAAGAUAAGAGAUUUGAGGAUGCUAUUAGAUUGUUGAAGAAACAUUAUUUGUCUGAGGAUAUAACCUAUAGAUCGGUGAAGAUAACGGAAGACCAGGAAGGAGUGGACGAGUUCACCCACAACGCUAGGAUAUGGAUGAAAGACAAGAUGUCUUUAGCUGCCGUGAAGGAGGGCACGGACAAACUGGUCGGUGUGCUGAUCAUGAGAAUACAGGAGAAAAGUGCCUUCUCCCGCACAUUCAGCCGAGUGAAGCUAACCCAUAACCCACUUUACUCCACUGUAAUGACGUUCUAUAACACCAUAGAGAAACCGGUGGACAUCUUCAAACGGCUCGACGUGAGGAAGUACUUCAAGAUAUACCUACUGGCUUUGAAGUCUCGGUACAGGCAUAGAGGCAUAGCCAAGGAGAUGUUGAAGGCGGCCAUAUUGCUUUGUGCUAACGCGAACGUACCCGCCAUCACCGGUAUAUUCACUACGAGCCGUGCGCAGACGGUCGCUGAGGAGCUUGGCUUUGAGAAGUAUAAUGAGAUUUAUUACAUCAGAUACCUAAUCGACGAGAAGAUAGUAUUCCACGACGCGGGCUUGGGUAACUACGGCGCGGCUUUGAUGGGGUUCAGGAUACCAGACGUCCACGAGCAGGUGGAGGCGAAGAAGCAGCAGUCUUCUAGGUUUAACAUCAAACCGAUGGACGAAGAAGAAGAAUAAAUAACUGUGAAAUAAUUGGUUUCCUCUAGAUUAAAUAGACUAGACUAGGCUGUUAAUUAUAAAUAUUUAGUUGUUAUUAUAAUAAUUAUUUUAUAAAUUAUUAUAAAGAUCAAAUGAAAAAUUAUCUAUACUAUAAAUUCUACUAAUAUUUUUGCACAUUGUGAGGAUUUAUGUGUGUAUUUUUGUUAAACUUUCACACAAAAUCUACUGGAUGGAUUGUUAUAACAUUUGGUACACGGGUCGAAAUAACACAUAGGGUACUUUCUUUCCCGAAAUUCUCAUGAAAGCGAAGCUCCGAGUCGCAGCUAUUUAUUUAUAAAGAUUUUCAUAUUCAAAUAUGAAGCAGAGGCUUGCUAAUUAAGUUAUCUGGCGAGUCUCGCUCUUCCUUAUCCUUAUCCUUACACAUUAUAAAGCAGUCCUCUGCCGCGUCUGUCUGUCUUUACGCGAUUAACUCUAA